AGUGAAUUUUGGAUUUUGGGACAACAUGGCUGGAUUUUUAAGACCUGGCGUCAGGAGUAUCUUCACCACGCCGAUGAGGAUGGCAUCAGACCAGCUGGGCGAGUUGGGUAAAGGUGCCGGGAAAGGAGGCGGUGGAGGAGGCACGAUCAGAGAAGCAGGAGGAGCCCUCGGAAAAAAACAGGCUGCCGAGGAGGAAAUGUACUUCAGACGUAAAGAGCAGGAACAGUUGGCUGCGCUGAAGCAGCACCAUGAAGAGGAGAUUGACCACCACAAGAAGGAGAUUUCGAGGCUGCAGAGUGAGAUUGACCGCCACAAGGGAAAAAUUAGGAAGCUUAAGCAUGAUGACUGAUGUUUUCUCUAUUCAAAUAAAGCUUGGUUUUCUUUUUUUAUCGCCAAGCCGUAGUGGUAACCUGCACUUUCUCUCUGGGGAGAUCUGUAGAUGUGAUUUAUUGGUCUGUAUAUGCUUGAGGUUAUUAAAAAAGAAUAUAUAAAAUGG